CUCCAGAAACGUGAUGAUACAACAGAGUCCUUGGAUGCAGCAAAGGUUGAGAUAGCCUAUGUACAACUGGAGACUUUGAGCCGCCGUACAAUUCGUCGGGCGACUGGACUCCGAGACCGCGACUGAGCAGUGCAUUGAUGGCAAAGUGGCGGCUGGCUGAGGAGCUGCGUUACUGAGUGUGUCGGUCACCGAGUACCGAAUUGGGGUGGCAUUUUUUUCGGCGUUUACCCCCUCCAAGUUUUCUGAGAAAACAUAAAGCUGACCAUUCGAAACAAUGGUUGUUCUUGAAGGGUACUGUGAAGGCAAUGCAUCCCUGUCAGAAGUAUGGAUUCAACAAGGAUUAUUCCCAUGUUUUUAUUUCACACUUGUUCCAACAGUUCUUUUGAGCAUUGCCUUACUCCUUGGUGCACUACAGUGUGCUUGUUACAAUAUAUAUGGCACUACUAUGGAGCCAAAAUAUGUACCUAGUUCCCGUCUCUUCCUUCUUCAGUUGUUCCUAACAAUAAUCCUGCUGCUGCAGUUUGGAACAUAUAUCCUUUGGCAGGUCUUUGGCUUGGGGACAGUCUAUGGAUACAUGAUUCUAUAUCCAUGCCUAUCUCUAGUUGGAUGGGCAUGUACCAUCUUACUACUACACCUGGAGCGCAACAGGGUGAUGGUGCGGGACAGAACACGUGGUCAUGGGACCAUUCUACUACUUUUCUGGGCCCUGGGAUUUGCAGCGGAGAAUCUGGCAUUUGUGUCGUGGAAAAGUCCUCUGUGGUGGUGGUCACUGGGCAAUACUGACCAGAAGGUACACUUUGGUCUGUGGAUGGUGCGAUAUAUCUGUACGUUUCUAUUGUUUAUCCUUGGAUUGAAAGCACCUGGUUUGCCUCGAAGACCCUAUAUGAUGAUCAUUAAUGAGGAUGAACGAGAUGUUGAAUACAGUGAGCCUCUCUUAAAUCAGAACAACAGCAAUCAGUCAACUUGGAAUGACUUCCGUAAGAAGGUGCAGUUGCUUAUACCAUACCUGUGGCCCAAAGGAAGCAUCUUGCUGCAGUUCUUCGUUCUGUUAUGCCUUUUGCUCCUUGCAGCAGAACGAGUCAUCAAUGUUUUUGUGCCCAUCUACUAUAAGAACAUUGUGAAUGAACUGAGUGACAGAGCCCCGUGGAAGACCCUAGCCAUGACUGUCUGCUUGUACGUCCUCCUCAAAUUCCUGCAGGGAGGUGGCACGGGAUCAUCUGGCUUUGUAAACAACAUCCGGUCCUUUAUGUGGAUUAAAGUCCAGCAAUACACCAGCCGACAGGUUCAGGUCGGACUUUUUGCUCACCUUCAUUCUCUUUCACUUCGCUGGCACCUUGGCAGGAAGACUGGGGAAGUCCUCCGUAGUGUGGACCGUGGCACCAACAGUAUUAACACCUUACUGAGCUACAUUAUCUUCAGCAUCUUCCCAACGAUUGCUGACAUCGUCAUUGCCAUCGUCUACUUCAGUACAAAUUUCAAUGCCUGGUUUGGACUCCUCGUCUUUGUUUGCAUGGUGCUCUACUUGACCGCAACCAUUCUGAUAACUGAAUGGAGAACAAAGUACAGAAGAGAAAUGAACACCAAGGACAACGAGGCAAAGUCUAAGGCCGUCGACUCUUUGCUCAACUUUGAAACGGUCAAGUAUUACAAUGCUGAGAGUUAUGAGGUGAACCGUUUCAAUGACGCCAUACUGAAGUAUCAGGUGGCAGAAUGGAAAACAACUGCAAGUCUCCCAGUCUUAAACCAAACUCAGAACGCGAUCAUUAGCCUUGGGCUGCUUGUUGGAUCACUGCUCUGUGCCUACUUUGUCACUGAGAAAAAGUUUCAGGUUGGUGACUUUGUCCUGUUUGGGACCUAUAUCAUUCAGCUUUACACACCACUUUAUUGGUUUGGGACGUAUUACAGGAUGAUCCAGAGUUCAUUCAUAGACAUGGAGAAUAUGUUUGAUCUAUUCAAAGAGGCUCAAGAGGUUACUGAUGAUAUCAAUGCAACAAAUCUUGACUUCAAAGUCGGAAAGGUGGAGUUUGACGAGGUUUAUUUCAGUUACAUCGAUGGGAAAGAAAUCUUGAAAGGCAUAUCAUUCUCUGUUCAACCAGGACAGACGUUGGCCCUGGUUGGACCCUCAGGCUCAGGAAAAAGCACCAUCAUCCGCCUCCUCUUCCGAUUCUAUGACGUCAAGGGAGGUUGCAUUAAAAUUGAUGGCCAAGACAUCUCAAAGGUGAAGCAGCGUUCUUUGCGUUCACACAUCGGGGUAGUGCCCCAAGAUACCGUCCUCUUCAAUGACAACAUCAGGAACAACAUCCGCUACGGUAGAGUGACUGCCAGUGAUGAGGAAGUGGAAGAAGCUUCUCGAGCAGCCGAUAUUCAUGAACGAAUAAUUACAUUCCCUGAAGGUUAUGAUACACAAGUGGGUGAGAGAGGCCUAAAGCUCAGCGGAGGAGAGAAGCAACGAGUGGCCAUUGCCAGAACAAUCCUGAAGGCACCUCAGAUCAUUCUUCUGGAUGAGGCCACAUCUGCUCUAGACACACAAACUGAAAGGAACAUUCAGGCCUCACUUGCCAAAGUGUGUGACAACAGGACCACGAUCAUUGUGGCUCAUAGGUUGUCAACAGUGAUCAACGCAGAUGUGAUCGUCGUGCUUCGGGAGGGACAAAUAGUGGAGAGAGGAAGACACGAGGUGUUGCUGGCUAAAGGUGGAGCUUACGCUGAAAUGUGGAUGAAGCAGCAACAGUCUGAGUCGCCUGACUCAUCGUCUGACACAGAAGCCAAAGACAGGAGCACUGAGAAACUGCAGCCUCCCAGCAGCAAGAAGGACUGAAGGGCAGAGGUCCCACUAGCUACUGAGCAGUGAUUUAACCAGGAAACUGAUCAAGGUUACCUCACUGUUGAUGUUGUCAGUGCAUUGAGCUUGUGUGCUCAGCAUGUUGUAUCACAUGACUGUUCCUGAACACUGGAUCCAGAUUCCCACAGUAACUGAUCAUUCUCCAUGAGAAAGGAAAGUUCCCACUGAUUUAUAGAUUUUUCUAAAGCUUCAAACUAGUUCCUAAACCUAUUGUUUGAUUUAUGUAUCCAGACACUGAUCUGUGAUGAGACUCCGUGUGUGAGCUUGUCCUUCAGAGAGGAAGCUUCACAGGAAAUUUGAAAAUAUGGAAAAUGGCAAAGAACAUGCUGAGGUGCCGUCUUCUGCUAAAGCCAUGUGAUUAUGAUUGAAUACAUUACCAAAGCUCCUGUGGUAUCUGAAACUAAAAGUGCUGAAUGCACUGCCCAGUUAAACCAUCCAGAGCCUAUCACCCCUUCGUCUGUGUGCUGAAUUAGUUGAUCUCAGCUUGGGGGGUAAGGGAACCUGUUGCUCAGCAUUCUUGGGCAUGGUGAGAGGGGUUUGAAUCCAGCUCGACUGCUCUUCUGUAACCUUGUCAGAAAGUGCUUUCACACAGAUAUCAGAGGAGGAAAGGGUUGUGUUUGUCUUGACCGACAGUAUUUCUCAAGUGUGAGGCUUUACCUUUACUCUGUUGGGUACCACCAGAUGGGAGGGUGGAAUGAAACGAAAUGUUAGUAAGAGGUUGUAUAUGGUUGAAGACAGAAGAAACUGCAGAUGCUGGAAUCUGGAGCAAAAAACAACAAUGCUGGAGGGACUCUGCCGGUCAGGCAGCAUCUGUGGAGGGAAAUGGACAGUCAAUGAUUCAGGUUGAGGCCCUGCAUCUAGACUGAAAGAGUAGAGGAGAGAUAGCAUACUCCUUAUACUAGCCAUCUCCCCUCUACUCGUUGUUCAGAUGAAGGGUCUCAACCCAAAAUGUCAACUGUCCAUUAACCUCUGCAGAUGCUGCCUGACCCACUGAGUUCCUCCAGCUUGUUUUUUUUUGGUCUAUAUGGUUGAAAUUUAUCUUGCCAUUUGCCUGUUGCAAGGCCUACCCAAUAUUUAGUUCUGUGAAAGUCAAUCAGGUAGAAUAUUGGGUGAGGACUAUAAUGGGCAGGGGGAGAUACAAUACUCCCUGAUUUGCACUAUCUAACUAUCCAAAACUAUUUUUCAACCCCACCUGUGUUAUUCAAUAACUGUCAGAAUCACAUGACUUUGUAACUUGAUUAUCUUCUGAAAGAAUAGAGUAAAUAAUCUAUAGAGUAAGCACGAGCCGUCCAAAAUUAAUGUCACACAUGGCCUGCAGAAUUGGUGACCCUAUGGCUAAUAGCAUUCACGUUUUUUUACUCUGCUGGGUAGGCUUAUCUUCUUUGAAUUUGAGAGGCAGAAAGGGUGUUCCCACUGGAUAAACCUAUCUGUAUCUUGGCUUGGGAAUUGUAGAAGGUGAAUUUAACCUCACAGUUCAGAGGCUGGAGGUUUGUGUUAUUCUUUAGACUUGGCCAGCAGGUCUCCAAGUUGCUUAACUGCAAGGUCUCUUACACACUCACCCAUAGGAGAUUCUGUAGUAUUCUGGGAUUCAUCGGAUUCCUGGUCAUUACCUGCUUUUGGUAUCCCUGGAAUGCCUACAUGCGAUGCUCUGGGUUCCAAGGACAGUUAUUCGCACUGAAAAUAUUGCAGAAAAAGCUCCCAAUAUUUGUGCCCCUUUCUCAACCUCCAAAGAAUUUUGGACCCAGUGGAUAUUUUUGAAGACCAGUCCAUAGUUGUAAAGCAGCAAGCAGGGUAGUCAAUUAUUUCACAGCUAGCUCCCACAGAUAAGGUUGGGAUAAGGAUUAGAUCAUCUGUUUUUAGUGAUUGUUGACAAAUAUUCACCCAGGAGACCAUGGAGAGCUCUUCUACUUGAGUAAUGGCUGUAGGGUCUUUUAAGUUCACUUGAGAAACCAGACGGGGUCUCAGUUUAGCACUUUUUAAUGACGUACUCCUCAGUACGUCAGUGGGCAUCCAGGUAUGGCGGACUAGUCAUCAGAGUGGAACUUGAAUGCACAAUCCUUUGAUUCGGUGUUUCUCACUGACCCAUAAUAACACUCAGAAACACCCUGUCCUCGCUGUAAAUUAGACAUGGCAGUAAGGACAUAAGAAAUAGAAGCAGAAGAAGGCCAUUUGGCCCCUAGUGCAGCUGCACAAUUUAGUAAGAUCUUGACUGAUCUUUUAUCUCAGCGCUGCUUUCCAAGGACUUGGCCUUAGUGCAGGAUUUAUCCUGAAGUCUAAAAACUCUUGUCUAUCUUGGUGACCAAGCCUCCACAGCCCUCUUGGGUGGCAAAUUCCGAAGAUUUACUGCUGAUUCAAGGAAUUUCUCUUUAUUGUCCUGAUUGGCCAUCGCUUAUUUUGAGACUGUGGUCCCUGAUUCUGGACACCCAGCCAAUGGAAACAUUAUCCCUGCAUCUGCCCUGUCAAACCCUAACAGAUCCCUGUACUUAGUUUAUGUAUCAAUUUAAUGGAAAAUAGCUGAACUGGUGAUUACCUUUGUAGAGGUGUAUUCUUCUGAUGUACUGUUUCCUAGACAACAAGGUAUUAUACUCAAGGUAUUUUCAUGCUUCAGGGGUUAUUUUCUCCACUUACCUCAUUUUUCUAACCUCCAGAGGAUAUAGAUACAGUCUGCAUAACCACUCCUCAUAGGGCUAUGGCACUACAAUGCAAGAACCUUUGUUGUUCUUGGCCCAAGGGGCUGUUGUCUCAGCUGGGGUGUUUACUGAUGAGUCUCAGCAUCAUCAGUCUGCAGCUGCCUUAAAAUUGUACAAGUUCUGGAACAUCCACUUGAGCAUUUAGAUCCUCAGUUUAUCAUUUGCUAGCUGUCACUUCAACAAGGGAGCACUCCCUCAAUAGUCUGAAGUGUUGGCCCAGUUUGUCCCACAACCUUCUGACCCAAAGAAAAGAGUGCUACCAGAUGAGCUCUCAGUUGUGGGUCAGCUCAUGGGAUAUGUAGUGUGUUUUCUGUUUAUGGAUGUGCAUUUCUGUCAGUCUACUUGGAAAAUGGCUGAAUUGGUGAUUAACUGUGUAAAAAGGGUUUUUUUCUUGUAUACUGUUAGAUAAUUAUGGUUAAUUAUAACACAUAGCUAAUACCUCUACAUACUUACAUGAUUCACCCCUUGUUUACUCAACAGCAUGUGUCAAAUACAGUGAAGUUGUAUUAGAAAUCUUGCUCUUUGGAGAUUCAGCGAGUGGAAUAAUUCCUCUCUACAUCAGUAAAAUGCAGCCACUGGAGUUAAACUCUCCAUCAGGUGAUGGAAGAGCUUCAUGUCUCCGGGUUUGUGAAAGGACUGAAACCUAAUGCAGCCUGUAAAGAUCAUCCGAUACAGCUUGGCUUGUAAUAGAGUUCCUACUGUUUUUAAAUAUCUAUGAUGUGAAUUAGUCAUCUCUUCAUUUAGUAACGAAGGAAUAAAGUUAAGGGUUUUAAACAAGGUGGGAGAAUUCACUUACUAUUUCACAGGUUGGUAAACUAAUUUGGUAAAUUAGUUUAUUAUCGUCACAUGUACCGAGAUGCAGUGAAAAACUGUUUUGCAUGCCAUCCAUACAGGUCAUUUCAUCACGUCAGUGCAUUGAGGGAGUACAAGGGAAAACAAUAACAGAAUGCAGAAUAAAGUGUUACAGUUACAGAGAAAGUGCAGUGCAGGCAGACAAUAAGGUGCAAGGUCAUGGCAAGGUAGAUUGUGCGGUCAAGGGUCCAUCUCACCAUACUAGGUUCAAUAGUCUUAUAACAGCGGGAUAGAGGCUGUCCUUGAGCCUGGUGGUACGUGCUUUCAGGCUUUUGUAUCUUCUGCCCGAUGGGAGGGGGGGAGAAGAGAGAAUGUCUGGGUGAAGAGGGAAUAGGAGUAAAUGAGUCCACAGAAAAAUGUGAGCAUAAUAUCCCUGUUUAACACUGCUUUUAUCAGCACUGGAGUAAGCAAGUCUCCAAAGAAGCAAAGAAAUAUUUGGGGAAAUGAAGCUAGUCCCAAUUUCCUGCGUUCAGCCAUAUCCCUCCAAGCCUCGCCCCUCCAUGUAUCUAUCCAAGUGCUUCUUAAAUGAUACUGUUGUACCUGCCUCACCCACUUCAUCUGGCAGCUCGUUCCAUAUACUCACUGCCCUCUGCAUGAAAAAGUUGCCCCUCAGGUCCCUUUUAAAUUUUUCCCCUCUCACCCUAAACCUAGUUUUGGACUUCCCCCACCCUGGGGAAAAGACUGUUACCGUCCACCUUAUCUAUGCCUCUCAUGAUUUUAUAAACUUCUAUAAGGUCGCCCCUCAUUCUCCUACGCUCCAAGGAAUAAAGACCCAGCCUGGCCAACCUCUCCCUAUAACUCAGGCCCUUGAGUCCUGGCAACAUCCUCGUAAAUCUUCUCUGUACUCUUUCCAGUGUAACCACAUCUUUCCUAUAACAGGGUGACCAAAACUGUACACAGUGCUCCAAGUGUGGCCUCACCAAUGACUUAUACAACUGCAACAUGAUGUCCCAACUCCUAUACUCAGUGCCCGGACUGAUGAAGGCCAGUGUGCUAAAAAGCCUUUUUCACCACUCUGUCUACCUGUGACACCACUUUCAAUGAAUUAUUAGGAAGUUGUGGGCAUGCUAUGUUGGUGUCAGAAGCGUGGCGACACUUACGGGCUGCCCCCAGAACACUCUACGCAAAAGAUGUAUUUCACUGUGUGUUUUGAUGUACAUGUGACUAAUAAAGAUAUCUUAUGCACUUGUA